CAGGCUCAACCAACGCGAGAUCUCUGAAGUAUCGUGAGAUCGACCCGUUGAGCACUGACGCCGUCUCCCAUCGGUUUAUUUGUUUUUUAACUGUGGAUAUCGUAUAAAAUGUUCAGUUUACUCGACUGUAUAUAAAGUGUAAUUUUGAAGACGUUUUCCAUCCACAGUCGUGAGAACAGGCGGGAACAUGGAGGUCGGAGAAGGUGUCAGCGCUGCCACGCCCACAGAGGAGAUGAAUGGAGCUGGAAAUCUGAUGGACUUUCUGGACGAGCCUUUUCCUGACGUGGGGACGUAUGAAGAUUUCCACACCAUCGACUGGCUGAGGGAGAAAUCCAGAGACACGGACCGUCACCGCAAAAUCACCAGUAAGAGCAAAGAGUCCAUCUGGGAGCUGAUCAAGAGCCUGCUGGACGCCUGGUCAGGAUGGGUGGUGAUGCUGCUCAUCGGCCUGCUCUCAGGUACGCUGGCCGGGGUGAUCGACCUGGCGGUGGACUGGAUGACGGACCUGAAGGAAGGCGUGUGUCUUUCAGCGUUCUGGUACAGCCACGAGCAGUGCUGCUGGACGUCCAACGAGACGACGUUCGACGACCGGGACAAGUGUCCCCAGUGGCAGAAAUGGGCCGAGCUGAUGACGGGCCACGCUGAGGGGGCUGGAGCGUACGUGUUGAACUACUUCCUCUACAUUCUCUGGGCUCUGCUCUUCUCCUUCCUGGCCGUUUCGCUGGUCCGAGUGUUCGCUCCGUACGCCUGUGGAUCAGGAAUCCCUGAGAUCAAGACGAUCCUCAGCGGCUUCAUCAUCCGGGGUUAUCUGGGGAAGUGGACCCUGCUGAUCAAGACGGUGACCCUGGUGCUGGCGGUGUCGUCGGGUCUCAGUCUGGGGAAGGAGGGUCCUCUGGUCCACGUGGCCUGCUGCUGUGGGAACUUAUUCUGUAGCCUCUUCUCCAAAUACAGCAAGAACGAGGGCAAGCGGAGGGAGGUGCUGUCAGCAGCAGCAGCAGCUGGAGUGUCGGUGGCCUUUGGAGCGCCCAUCGGAGGAGUUCUGUUCAGUCUGGAAGAGGUCAGUUAUUAUUUCCCCCUAAAGACUCUGUGGCGUUCGUUCUUCGCCGCUCUGGUCGCUGCCUUCACGCUGCGCUCCAUCAACCCGUUUGGAAACAGCCGGCUGGUGCUGUUCUACGUGGAGUACCACACUCCGUGGUACAUGGCCGAGCUGGUUCCCUUCAUCCUGCUGGGCGUGUUCGGCGGCCUCUGGGGGACGCUCUUCAUCCGGGCCAACAUCGCCUGGUGCCGGCGGAGGAAGACCACCCAGCUGGGGAAGUACCCGGUGCUGGAGGUGAUCGCGGUGACGGGCAUCACCGCCGUGCUGGCGUACCCCAACCCCUACACCCGCCGCAGCACCAGCGAGCUCAUCUCGGAGCUCUUCAACGACUGCGGCGCUCUGGAGUCGUCUCAGCUCUGCGACUACAUCAACAACUCCAACAUGAGCCGGCCGGUAGACGACAUCCCAGACCGACCGGCGGGGCCCGGGGUCUACAACGCCCUGUGGCAGCUCGCCCUGGCCCUCAUCUUCAAAAUCGUCAUCACCAUCUUCACCUUCGGCAUGAAGAUCCCCUCAGGUCUCUUCAUUCCCAGCAUGGCCGUAGGAGCGAUCGCCGGGCGGAUCGUCGGGAUCGCCGUGGAGCAGAUGGCGUACCACCACCACGACUGGAUCAUCUUCAAGAACUGGUGCCGACCCGGCGCCGACUGCGUCACCCCUGGACUGUACGCCAUGGUGGGAGCUGCUGCCUGUCUGGGCGGUGUGACCAGGAUGACCGUCUCUCUGGUGGUCAUCAUGUUCGAGCUGACGGGCGGCUUGGAGUACAUCGUCCCCCUGAUGGCCGCCGCCGUCACCAGUAAGUGGGUGGCGGACGCCUUCGGGAAGGAAGGCAUCUACGAGUCGCACAUCCAGCUGAACGGAUACCCCUACCUGGACGUCCGGGACGAGUACCACCGCACCCUGGCCACCGACGUGAUGCGGCCGCGCAGGAACGACCCCCCUCUGGCCGUCCUCACCCAGGACAGCACCACGGUGGAGGACGUGGAGACGCUCAUCAAAGACACCGACUACAACGGCUUCCCGGUGGUCGUGUCCAGAGAGUCGGAGAGGCUCAUCGGCUUCGUUCAGCGCCGGGACCUCACCCUCGCCAUCAAAAACGCCCGUCAGAAGCAGGACGGCGUGGUGAGCAGCUCUGUGGUUUACUUCACUGAGGACGCGCCUCAGCUGCUGGCCAGCAACCCUCAGCCUCUGAAGCUGCGGCGCAUCCUGAACCUCAGCCCCUUCACCGUCACCGACCACACGCCCAUGGAGACGGUGGUGGACAUCUUCCGCAAGCUGGGCCUCCGCCAGUGUCUGGUGACCAGGAGCGGGCGUCUGCUGGGAAUCAUCACCAAGAAGGACGUCCUGCGACACAUGGCUCAGAUGAUGAACCAGGACCCAGAGUCCAUCAUGUUCAACUAGCAGGACUGAACAUCUUUCCUCUUCCGACACUGUAAAUAGUAAAAAACACUGCUGUCCUGCAUCCUGUGACGCGUCCCUCCACCCUGUAAGGCAAGUCCCUCCCUGUACUGUAGAGACCACAGCAGCUCCGUGACAUCAGAGGAGCUCACAGCGCUCCUCCUUUGACGGUUUAUCACACAUCAGAAAAAAAAAAAGCCAAUCAGGAGUUGCCAAGAUUUUCUCCUUAACUUUCAUUCAGUUCUCCAGAUUAAACUGUAGCAGCUGUAACGCCAUCCACUCAUUUAUCUGCUGCUGUUCAAACUAAAAGCCACGAUGAGGGCAGGACUGAGGCUGAGAUGUUCUCAGAGCUGCUGUUAGAAAAUGAAUCUGAUCAUUCAUCAUCUCUAGUUUUACUAAAACAGAAACUGACACGUGGUGACCAGUUCUAUAAAUCAUUAUAGGAAACACAAAGAAAUAUUACGUCAUUCAAAAAGGUGUGUUUUAUUCCAGUGAACUUAAAUGUUCUGUUCUAGACGUACAAAGUGGAAGGAUUUAACAGUGAAUGGAAGUUUGUACCUGUGAGUUCUCUGAGAGCUUGAAUAUUCACAGUUUGUGUUGUAAAUCUGAACAUUCCCAUUUAUUUAUCUCUUGUUAACAGAUUUAUGCUGCCGGUUCAGAAGGCUUCAGUGAUCAUAACCGGUUAAAUGUCCUCCUAUCAGCCAGUCUGAGGGCGCAGUGAGGGAUUCAUUUUGUUUUCCAUCUCUAAUGUGUCAAAAACACAUUUACAGACCUCAUCUUCAAAGGUCUGAUCUAAAACUUUAGGUAAACCAGAGAAAGGUGAUUUUCUUUGCUCAUAAGUGACUGAAGCAGUUCAUCGAUUUUAAAACGGAUUCAUUUCCUGUCCGUCAGCCAAUCAGCUUGAAUUAUAGCAUCAGCUUUAAUUCCUUCUUUUCAGCCCUGAUGUCUGGAAAACGUUUUCUGAUCCGUUCUGAAGUGACUCCAUAAAGUUCACAACCACGAAAUGAAACAUUCAGACUGGAGAAAUAAAAUCCACAUCAAGUCUUUGUGCAGAAUUUGCAGGAUCACAGACAUAAAACCCAUUUCUGUCACACCUUUUUGUUUGAUUUAAUAUUCAGUGAGAGUAAAAAUCUAAUCGCUUCGUUAAACGGCAUAAUCUGAAGAAGAAGAAGGUCAAAUUAGAAUCCUGGGAUCUCGUGUCUGUCACCAGUUAACGAUCGAACAAAGCAGAUGAAGCUGAUUUUAUUUAUGGUUGAAGACUUUGCUGCACUUUGUGUUGUUUUUGUUCCAUGUGUUGCUGCCAUAUUUAUAUUAAUGCCGCCGCAUCCAAGUUCAUUUUGCGUCCAGCCUGAACCUGACAGUCGCCGUGUGAAGCUCUGAAUGUUCCUGCUUUUGAUGGAGUCGUUUCAGAGCCUUACAGUGAGACUCCGGUCGCUCAGACACACUUCAGACACACAGGGGAAGGCUUUAUUCUCACCGUUUCCAUCAUGAAAGCUGCUGAACUAAAGGCUCCUGCACACAGAAAGAGUCAGAUCAGCUUUAGUUUCAGUCUGAUCAUUCCUAAUGGAUCAGAUCUUCUUUUUCUGACGGUCUAAAGAGAGAUGCAAAACAAGCUCAUGUUGGAUUCUCUCAUACCUUAGAGCUCCUCCUCUGGAUUUACGAACAAAUAUUUCACCAGAUUUUGUGUGCAGGAGCCUUUAAAAGCAUCGGUUCACAUCCAGAGUCGACAUGUCUGCUGCCAGUCUAAGAAGCGGUGGUAUUCUGUUGGAGCUUCUGUUACUUUAACUGUCAAAAAUAGCAUUAAAACGGUACCUCUGCUGCUGCGACGCUAAAAGCUAAAUGCUAAGGAAAAGUUUAACCAGCCGGCAGCUGCUGGUGGCUCUUUUAAAGUGAAGGAAGUGACUGAGAAGGACAGAAGUGUGUUUAAAGAUGCUGAUGUUUCAGUGAAAGCUCUUUAAAAACAUAAAGAUUCUGGGAAACCUCCUCCCCAGUUUGACCGCACAUUCAGCGUUUCUCUCCGUUUCCUGUGUCGUGAUGUUUGUUGUGGUGAAAAAUAACUUCCAUCGCUUCAAAGUCUGUGAGCUUUGAAGGAGUUUAGCAUCAAAAGUCGUCACUCCGUGUUGUUUUGCUUUUAAGAUGCCAAGAGAAUGUAGUGAAGACACAGCUGUUGUAUAUAUUUAAGAUUUAUUGUGGGUACUUUUUUAAUUUUAUUUCGUUUUGUCUGAAACACUAAUGCUGUUUUUAAUUUGAAGUAUUUAUCAGAGGUGUUGCUCGGACAGAAAUCACACAUUUGCACUUUUGCUUUUGGAUUUGUCGGUUAAGUGACUGAAAAAUAAAGUUCUCAGUUUAACUUCA